AUCUGGGGUCUCCGUUGCCCCAACUAUCAUUUAUCUCCCCAAUAUCGGACAUUUGAACGAAAUGCCUAGCGUUUCGGUGUCGGGUCGCUGUUAACCGAAUUAAUUGAGUUGCAACUGUACGUACGCUGCAUCAGUGCUACCACCCAGUUACGAAAGCCGUGCGAUGUAGCGAUUAGCUGUGCGGGAAUGACUCCUUGAGCCCCCAUUGCUAGGAAGAAUUCAAUGACUUGUAGUUUGAAAGAGUGGAGCUGCUCACUGCCUUGUCUGGACGAUAGUUCAAAUGCAGACGAUCUAUAAACCUGUGGCAAGACGUACGUACUAUAGUGUUACAACCUGAAUACCAUUCAUUGCUGAUCAUGCCUUCAAUUAUUAACGGAUCAAGCGGCUUCGUCCAAGUAUCGAUCAAGCCAACGAUCAGCAUCUUCUACUCUGUUCGAGGCCUUCUGGACGGAACGAAACCGAUCAUUCUUCUCUCGAGCUCUCUUGCAGCGAACACGCAUCUCUGGGACGAUUUUGUAGAAGCAUUCGAAACUGAGUACACUAUCAUCACUUACGAUGCUCGCUUCCACGGCCAGUCGCCCUUGUGUUCCGAUCCGAAUUUUGACUACUCGAUUGGGCACACUAUGGAGGAGCUUACAAAUGACGUCGUCAUGCUUCUGGAUCAUCUGAAGGUCAAUAAAGUUGCUGCGUUCGUAGGUCUGAGCAUUGGUGCAGCAGUCGGUUUGAUCUUCGGCGCGAUGCACCCCGAACGAGUCGACCGCGUUCUUGUGGUUGGCACAAGAGCUACGAGUAAUCCGGAUUCGAACGCCAAUCAUACCACAAGGAUAAACUUUGGCUACAAGAACGGACCAAAUGCGCUUGGACGGCAAAGCAUUGCUCGGUGGUUUGAUGAAGAUUGGACUGCUGCAAAUCCAGGCGGAAUUGCUCAUGCUGAAAAAGUCUAUUGUCAUCAAAGCAUUGAGGGCUAUGAAGCUAGCAUUGCCGCACUCAGAGUUCUAGAUUUAAAUCCCUACGCUGAAGAGAUUGGAAAGAAAGGACACGGUGCGAAGUUUGUCUUCAUAGCCGGUGAGCUAGAUGGAACAGUGCCACAAGAAUCGCAGGCUCUGGCAGACAAGACUGGUUCAAAUGUUAUAGUCGUGCCUGUUUCGGGCCACAUCACACCCAUACAAAUGCCAGAGAUAUUUCACGGAAUAGUAAGAAAGGCUUUUGAAGCUUGAGAGCAAUUACAUGUAUACAAAUGAUAUUCCUGGUUAUAAGAUAGAAUUUCGAAACGUUCAAUUAACUCAUAGUUAUUGCAGUUGUAUUAGG